AUGACCAUAAAGAAAACUGGAGAUGCAAAAGUCCAGUCUAGAGAUUUUAAAGCAGUCGAAGAGGAGAGAAGCAAGGAACAGGAAUUGAUUGUCGUCAGCAUUGUGCUCAUCAGGGUGCUCAUCAUGACUAUCUCAUCUCUCAAGGACAUCUUGAUCGCGUGGCCGAGAAGGACCAAAGAGAAGAGCACAUCAACACUCCAACUCCCAGACCUGGCAAGGCAGACAGGUUGA